AUGGCAUUCUUCAAAUCACUCCUCGCGGCUUUGGCUACCAUCGCACUCAUUCAGACUUCCAAUGGAUCACCUUUGGUCAUUCUUCCUGCCGCUGCCGGUGUCAACCGUGCUAACACUGAUGCUAUUGGCACUGGAUUGGAAGUAACCGGAACUAUUCCAGGAAACUUGAUUGAUGGUGUGAGCAGUUCAAUUGGUGGAGCUUACAGCAAAGUUGGUUUAACCGGAACAGGCGGUAUGAUUAGUGAUGUAGGAAGACAUGGUGGUGGCAUAUUCAGCGAAUACGGAAAAAUGCUAAGUUCCAUCCCAAACGGCUGGGGAAAUAUGUUUGACAACGCAGUCAACACUGCAGAAGGAUUUUUAGGCGGUGGUUUAGGUGGUAACUUUUUGGGUGGCGGAUUAGCUGGUCAGUUCUUCCCUCAACAACAACAACAACAACAACAACAACCACAGCAACAACAAGUACAACAGCCAUGGACUCAAGUUCAACAACAAUUGCCACAAAUGCCCCAAUAUCCCCAACAAUUACCUCAAAUGCCCCAAUACCCUCAACAAUUGCCACAAAUGCCCCAAUACCCUCAACAAGUACCACAAAUGCCCCAAUACCCUCAACAAGUGCCACAAAUGCCCCAAUAUCCCCAACAAGUACCACAACAAUUACCUCAACAAUUACCACAGCAACAACAGCCACAACAGUUGCCACAGCAAUUGCCUCAAGUGCAACAACCACAAGUGCAACAACCACAAGUGCAACAACCUCAAGUGCAACAACCACAAGUGCAGCAAACCCAAGUACAACAACCCCAAGUGCAACAACCCCAUGUGCAACAACCAACAGCUACUCAACAAGCAAAACCCGCAGCUCCAAUCGCUUAA